AUGAGCAAGCCUGGAAUUGGACUGAACUCACUUCAUAUAGUUUUUAUUUAGAAAUCAUUUGGAGAUAUUGAUGAAGGAGAUUAUACAAGAGAAACAAAAGAAUUUUCUGAGAAAACUAUUAUAAAAAAUAAAGUGAGAUUUGCUGAUGACAUUUUGAUCUGUUUUUUUCAUCAAUAGGAUAAGGUAACUUAAAUUAAUGAAGGAAAGAAAAAAACUAUCAAAGAAUUUUUAAAAUGA